AUGUCCAACUCACCCCUCCCCUCAUCCUUCGAUGGAGAUACCGAGUUCUACGAAGAAAACCGGUGGCAGAAGCUUUUCCGGCGUCUCAAAGAAGAACCUCUCAUCCCUCUAGGCUGCGGCCUCACCUGCUGGGCGCUUUUCAACGCCUCACGCUCGAUCCGGGCGGGCGACUCAAACCGCACGAACCGCAUGUUCCGGGCGCGGAUCUACGCGCAGGCGUUUACGCUGCUCGCCAUGCUCGGCGGCUCCAUGUACUGGAAGACGGACCGGCAGAAGCGCAAGGAAUUCGACGACGUGCUGGCCGAGCAGAAGGCGCAGGAGAAGAGAGCCGCCUGGAUCCGGGAGCUGGAGAGCCGCGAUGCGGAGGAGAAGGAGCUGAAGGCUGAGCGGAGGAGGAAGUUGGAGAGGCUGGAGAAGAGGAAGGAGGAGUUGGGGAGGGUGGAGAAGGGGAAGGAGGGGGCAGGGGACAAGAGUGAGAAGGGUGUGGUGGAUAAAGGUCAGAAGAGCGGGGCGGAUGAGGUUGUGGAGCAAGGAAAGGAAGCUAGCUCUGUGGUUAGGGGGGAGGAGAAGAAGGGCGUGUUGGAGUCGGUGUCGGGGUUGCUGUGGCCGAAAAAAUAG